GUCCGUUGCAAAACGUCCUUGCAUGGUUACAUUUAAAUAAAACUUAUCAAAAUUCACGAUAGUAAAACACGUUGUAUCUAUAAUAUUUGUUAAUUGUGUUGUAUUAGUAGCAAGAUUUUGAAAGAGGUGCGCGAUAAAUACUUAGAAAUAUUACUUUCUAGUUAUAUUCACACGAUUUAAGAUUCUCCGUCCGAUUCUCAAACUAAAGUACGCGGUCUAUGAGUUGAGUGAAUAAAAUUUAUCGCAGAUAUUUACAUUCAGUGUUAAGUGUGUGAUUUAAUCAUCAAAAGAGACUAUACUUUUGUGCAGCCCAUUGAUAAGUUGUUUGUAAAGAAAGCGAUCCAAAUAUGCAAAUACUUACAUUACAAUUUUUAGUGUAUAACUUUUGUGGUUUAUGGCGACCUAGUGAAUGGUCAUCAAAUGUCGCAAAACUAUUGUACAAUGUAUUCACCUUUGUUAUAAUAUCCUCGGAAUACUUUGUUGCGUUAACUCAAUUUAUGGAUAUAGUACUUAUUGUCGACAAUAUCAAUGAUUUUGCCACUAAUACUCUAAUAUUCCUGACUCUUGCCGCCGUAUGUUUUAAAGCGACAGUCGUUUUGAUGCGUCGGAAUGCGAUUAUCAAUUUGAUGCGACUAUUGAUGAAAACACCGUGUAAACCUUGUGACGAAGACGAAUCAGCGAUACAAACAAAGUUUGAUAGAUUUAUCAGGUCGUAUUCUAUAAAAUACACGCUUUUGGCGACUAGCGCCAUUAUAGGCAUUACAAUAGGAGCAGUAUUAAAUGUUAUGCAAGGUCAUGUACCUUAUCGAAUAUGGCUGCCAUGGGAUUAUAAUAUACCUCCAGUUUUCUGGAUUAUAUCUAUUCACCAAAUUGUAUCUUUAAUUUUUGGCACAAUGAUGAGUAUCGGCACGGAUACCUUAAUUUUCGGAUUGUCUUUGCAAACAUGUGCCCAGCUUGAAAUUUUCGAAAAUCGUCUUCACAAAUUAAUAAUUAAUAAAACAGUUAGAUAUCUGGAACAUGCACUCUCUUCGUCGAAUAAUGACAAAACGGAGAUAUCGGAGUGCAUACAUCAUCAUCUCAGGAUUUACGAGUAA